AUGGAGCGCUUCGACUCCUCCGGCUCCGGUUUCAACUCCUCCGGCUCCGGCAGCAGCAACCCCUUCGCCGGCCCCUCCGUCGCCGUCAUCCGCGACAUCCCCAUCGCCGAGCGCGUGCCGUUGAAGCUCUCAACCACCGCUGCCAACUUCUUCCCGUGGAAGAUGUACUUCGGGCUGCUCUUCCGCGAGUAUGAUCUCCUCGAUCACGUCGACGGCACCAUCGACCUCCUCGCCAUGCCGCACGAUCCCGAGUGGCUCGCCAUCGACGCCACCAUCAUCCGCUGGUUCUACCAGACCGUCUCCAACGACAUCUUUCGCACCGUCGUCCGCAACGGCGACUCCGCCCACACGGUCUGGGCUAAGAUCACCGGCCUCUUCACCGACAACAAAAUCCAGCGGGUCACCUUCCUCCAGCAGGAGUUCUUCGGCACCCACCAGAACGACUUGUCUCUCGACGACUACGCCCUCAAGCUGAAGAGUCUCUCCGACGAGCUCCGUGACUUGGAGUUCCCGAUCGAUGACAAGAUCAUGCUCUCCACCCCGUCGGUGGGUCUCGGCGAGGAUCUCAGCAACGCUGCCUCCAACCUCACGCUCCUCACCACGCCCACCUUCGAGCAGGCCAUGGCCUACCUGCGCCUCGAGGAGGGCCGCCUCAAGCAUCUCCGGGCUCGGGCGGCCCACACCGCCUUCGCCGCUGGCUUCUCCCAUGGUGCCCAGACUCCCGCGCCCCUGCGCCUCGUCCCAUGGGCCGGCCAGACCGGCCCCUGGACCGGGCAGCUGGCUCCUUCUGGCGGUAGCCGCCGCGGCCGUCGUCGCCGUGGCGGUGGCAAUGGCGGUGGCAACGGUGGCACCAAUGCCACCGCCCCCGCGCCUCGUCCCCCGCAGUACACCGCCCCUCCGCCAUGGACUGCCGGUCACAACCCGUGGACCGGGGUCGUUCACGCCUACUCCAUGCCCGUGCCGCGCGACCCCUACCCGGGCAUUAUGGGGCCGCGUCCAGCCUCCCACCAUGCGUUCUACGCGGCGCCCCGGCCUGCCCCGGCCUACGCCGCCUCCCCGGGUGCGACCCCGUGGGAUCCCGCGCUCCUGACCACCCUCCAGAGCGCCCCCUCCGCUGGGGCGUAUGGUGGCAGUGGCGACUGGUUCAUGGACACAGGCGCUUCCGCGCAUAUGGCUGCGCACCCCAAUGUUGCCAUCACCCUCACCGCCUUCUUCGCCUUCGUCUCCACUCAGUUUGGUCGCCCCAUUCACGCCUUACAAACCGACAACGGCAAGGAGUUCGACAACAUCACCAUUCGCUCACUUCUCGCCACCCACGACGCCAUCUUCCGCCUCACGUCUCCAUACACUUCUUCACAGAACGGCCAUGCCGAACGGAUGCUUCGUACCCUCAACGACUGCGUCCGCACCCUUCUGUUCCACGCCUCCAUGCCCCCGUGA